UUACUGUUGCUGCACUAGUACUAUUAGAUCUCCUUAAAUUCAUCGUUUAUUUAUUUGGCGGUAUUAUAAUUAGUGGCGGUAUUAUGUUAAUGGAUGGUACAUUUGUAAGAGCAUCAGGCACUUAAUGUGAUUUUCCUGUCAAUCAUGAAGUUUUUUUCACCGCAUAAUUUAUAUCUUCAUGUUUAAUUGGGAAGAUUCAGUGCAAAAUAGCCCACAAUUAAGUACUGUAAAUUCUUUUAUUUUUGUAGUAUAAGGGGAUAGGAGGUUCUUGCUGUGUUUCAAGUUUGCGGUUGGAAAAAUUCUUUUAGCACAUUAAAGCAUGGGUAAACUAAUAAUGUUAAAAGAUACUACUGUAACAGUAUAAUUACAUGUACAUAGAGCACAGUCACUCAGAUUCAUGUGCAUCAUAGCCUCAGGCAUACAGUAGCUUUGGGAUUGUUUACAGAAUUACACCAGUUACAUGAUACAAAUGUAUAAGGUUACAGCAAACGUGCCAGGUUAGACAAAAUGACCUGGGCUAUUGUCUCAGUGGGAUUGAUCAACAUACUAUAGUACAGUACUUGACUGCUUUUGUGUUGUAGGCAUGCGCUGAGAGGUUGUUAACAGUUUAACAAUGACAUCACAAGGAAGGAAAUUGCCACAGGAUGUGGCUUUGUUUCCUCUUCCAAGAAGAAUUAAUGACAGGAGAAUCAACAAAGGUUCAACUUUUGUUGACCUUUAAGCCUCUGACAUUGCACACUGUGUAAUUUUGUAUGAUUAUGUUAGAUAUGUCUCAUUGACAGCUAAAGGAAGUAAUGCCAUAAAAAAAAUGUGUAAAAUGUACAUAUUUUCAAAAUUUCCUCAACAGAGCAGGUACGAUCUCUGGUUACAGCUGUACUCCAGCGACUGAAAAGUUCCUUUUCCAAGAAAAAGUACAGAAGAGUCAACAAAAGCACGACCUUUGUUCUGUGUGCGUACCCGCCUCACGCUUGAAGCCUGUUACUCGACUUGGGACCUGUCAACAAAACAGAUUGACAACAAAUGAUGACAAGUGAAAAAAAAAGCACCAGCAAGAAUGGUGCUGCUGUUCCUACACUGGUGGAUGGAACACAUUUGACAGAACAUGGCAGCGGGGACUCAGCUAGGGAAACAUCUGUAAAUGGCUCCACAUCAAACUACAGGAGCACAGCCAAUCUUAUUGAAGCACCCUCAUCCAAAGACACAAGCUCAAAAUACAGUGAGACACUGAAAAUCCUCCUCCCUUGGAGACCGACUAAAAAGGGGAGCAAGUUUCCACUGGAUGACUCGGGUCUGUUUGCCAACAUCUAUGUACGAUGGAUGGACCCUCUGGUACGGAAGGCUACCAAGGGGAAAAUCAAGCCAUCUGACUUGUUUGAGCCAUCUCCAAAUGACAGCGCUGAAGCUCCAAGCAAAAGAUUACGUGAUCUGUGGGAAGAAGAGGUGAAGAAGAAGGGUAUCGCAAAUGCAUCAUACUACAGAGUUGCACUUCGGUCAAUCCGCACCAGAUGGAUAGCUUCAACACUGGUUCUACUCUUGUCUCUCAUGUGCUCCUUUACAUCAGCGGCAGUGAUUGUGAGGCAGCUGUUAGAAUACACUGAAACACCCAACCCUGACUUUCGGAUCGGCAUCGCCCUUGUGCUUGGGAUGCUCUUUACUGAGUUGAUGAGGGUCUGCACCAUCAACCUGGUCUACAUCUUAAACUACCGCACUGGGAUCAGGCUGAUGGGAGGAACACUCACCCUGGUGUUUGAGAAGAUCUUACACCUGCGCAGUCUGAAAGACAAAUCUGUUGGAGAGUUGGUGAACUUGCUGUCCAAUGAUGGCAUGCGGCUGUUUGAGUUGACGACCUUUGGGAUUUUCGUGGUCAACACACCGAUAUUGUUCAUCCCUGGGAGCGUGUACACCUGCUUCAUCCUGGGCCCGUGGGCUCUCGUUGGCGUGGCUACAUUUAUUCUUUUCCUGCCUGUACAGUCAUUGCUCGGCAAGAUCGUGGCGAAAGUUCGACGCAAGUGCAUUGGCAUCACCGAUGAACGUGUACGUAUGAUGAGCGAACUGCUGACCAGCAUCAAACUCAUCAAGAUGUACGCAUGGGAGAAGCCUUUUACAAAGAAGAUUGGUGAUGUGCGGAACAGAGAGAGAAAAAAGCUGGAGACUGCAGGCUUUGUUCAGGCUAUGAGUAUUGCCUUCAACCCUGCAGUCCCAGUCAUUGCUGCUGUACUGUCUUUUGUUGGCCAUACCAUGUCUGGGAACAACCUGACACCUGCACAGGCAUUUGCUGUUGUUUCCGUUUUCAAUGCCUUGCGGUAUGGACUGGCUCUCUUGCCAAACUCUGUACGUGCAUGGGGAGAAAGUGGAGUGGCAGCUAAAAGGAUUAAGAGUCUUCUCAUCAUGGAGGAAUUGCAGCCGUACAGAGAGAAACCUGCAGAUCCUGACACUGCAGUGGACAUCAAGGCAGCUACGUUUGGCUGGGAUGUCCUGGACAUCAAAGGGGAGAAGAAACGAAAGGCAGAGGGGUCGGAGAAGAAGGGAAAGGGUGGUCCACGUGGGAGGGGCAGGGGUGGGGCCCCAGCAGGAAAACAGGCACAGAAGGGCAAGGAGGGAGGGAUGGAUGAAGAGGAGGAAGAAAGGAAGAGAGUGCCUAUUCUAUUUGAUAUAGAUCUCACCAUCCCUAAGGGUUCCUUGAUAGGUGUGUGUGGCAGUGUUGGUUCUGGGAAAAGUUCCCUGAUAUCUGCAAUUCUUUCACAGAUGCGAUUAAUGGCAGGAAGUGUUGCUGUGGAUGGCAGAUUUGCCUAUGUAGCACAACAGGCAUGGAUCCUAAAUAAGUCAGUCCAGGACAACAUCCUGUUUGGACAGCCCUUUAACCAGGAGAGCAGAUAUAACAGGGUUGUUCAUGCCUGUAGUCUCCAAGCAGACUUCAAACAACUUCCAGAUGGUGACCAAACUGAGAUCGGCGAGCGUGGUGUCAACAUCAGCGGCGGACAGAAGCAGCGUAUCAGCCUGGCCCGAGCCCUGUACGCUGACAGGGAUAUCUACCUGCUGGAUGACCCCCUGAGUGCCGUAGAUGCACAUGUGGGAAAACACAUCUUCCAACAAUACAUCCAGACCGCACUCAAGGAUAAAACAGUGCUGUUUGUGACUCACCAAUUGCAGUAUCUCAAGGACUGCAAUGAAAUUCUUGUUUUAAAACAUGGGCGCAUCACUGAGAAGGGUGUGCAUAGCCAACUGAUGAGUGCUAAAAAAGAGUAUGCCAACCUCAUCCAUAGCUUCCAUGAGGAUGGAGAAGAACAGGAAGAAGGUGACAUGAUUGUCAAUCAAGAAGAUGUUGAAAUAAUGACAAAAAGUCCCUUGAAGACUGAGUCUGUGCAAGGGUCACUCAAGAGGAAAGACUCCAAACGUUCUUCUAAGAGGUCUCUGAGAAGAGAAGACUCCACACGUGGCUCCACACGACUGAGGCGUUCCUACAGUGUUCGCUCCACACAUAGUGCGACCAGUGAGACAGCUGGACACAUUGAGGAGCCUCCUGAGAUAGAAGAUCUGGAUGUGAAUCCACAGGAUGGGAAGAACCAGGAUCUAGAUGCACCAAAGAAACAAGGGGAUGGCCCUAAAGCACUGGUGACUGAAGAGGAGAAGUUUAGGGGCUCUGUGACCUUAAAAACCUACUGGUCAUAUAUCAAGGCAAGUGGAGGUUUUAUCGUGUGUUCCUGCACUCUGUUGCUGUUUAUCCUGAGCACUGGGUCAAUGGUCUUCAGCAACUGGUGGCUGACAUUGUGGCUCAAUCAAGGCAGUGGUGUGCCAUACAAUGAGUCUGAUCCCAGCACCCUGAACAUUACUGAAAACCCCAGGCUGAACGUCUACAUCCUCAUCUAUGGCAUGUGUCUUGUAGCUGUCCUGGUGUUGGCAUUCAUCAAGGGGUUCUGCUAUGUUAAGGUCACUCUUGGUGCAUCGUCAAGAUUGCAUAAGGCUGUUUUUGCAUCGAUUCUCCGUUGUCCGAUGAAGUUCUUUGAUGUGACCCCAACUGGGAGGAUACUCAACCGCUUCUCAAGAGACCUUGAUGAAGUUGAUGUUCGCCUGCCACUCAACAUGCAGGUUUAUUUGGAAACUCUCUUCAUUGUUGUUGCCUCCAUUCUGAACAUAUGUGUAGUCUUCCCUUGGUUUGUGUUGGCACUGGUGCCCCUGGGUAUCUUGUUUUUCUUGGCCAACUACUUCUUCAGACAUGUCAUCAGGGAGCUGAAAAGGUUUGACAACAUCAUGAGAUCUCCAUGGUUCUCCCAUGUGACUGCCUCUAUCCAGGGUCUGCACACCAUCCAUGCCUACCAGCAGGAGAAGGAGUUCCUGCACAACUUCAUUACCCUCCUAGACAGGAAUAAUGCUGCUAUGUUGAUGUAUAACAUGGGCACAAGGUGGCUGGCUGUCCGCCUGGACUCCAUGGCUCUUGUCAUCAACACAAUGGCUGCCGUCAUGGUAGUUGUGUUCCAUGGACAAAUCCCUGCAUCACUAGCUGGUCUGGCCUUGUCUUAUGCCAUUCAGACAUCUGGGCUCCUACAGCUGAUGGUGCGGACAGCUUCAGAAACAGAAGCAAGGUUCACUUCGGUUGAGAGGAUAACUCAUUACAGCAAUGGUUUAGAGGAGGAGGCACCAGCAAGGAUAAAAGGUACAGAUCCAGCAGAAAGCUGGCCAGAACAAGGCCAGGUGCAGUUUGACCACUACAAGAUGCAGUACAGGGAGAACCUGCCCUUGGUGCUGAAAGGCAUCCACUGUGAUAUCCAUACUAAUGAGUCCAUUGGGAUUGUUGGCAGGACAGGAUCAGGGAAGUCAUCCCUUGGAGUAGCCCUGUUUCGUUUAGUUGAACCAGCAGAUGGAGUCAUUUCCAUUGACGGGGUGGACAUCAGCAAGAUCGGACUGCAGUCCCUCCGCAGUAAACUGUCCAUCAUUCCGCAGGACCCUGUGCUAUUUGUUGGCACAGUUAGGUACAACUUGGACCCUUUCAAUCAGUACUCAGAUAACCAGUUGUGGCAAGCUUUGGAAAGGUCCUACAUGAAAGACAGGAUCUCAGCUCUUGAGAAACAACUUGAAGCUCCUGUGAUUGAGAAUGGUGAGAACUUCUCUGUGGGAGAAAGACAGCUCAUCUGCAUGGCUCGAGCCCUGCUCAGGAACAGUAAGAUAAUCCUGCUGGAUGAAGCUACUGCUGCCAUUGACUCCGAGACAGACAGCCUGAUCCAGAAGACCAUCCACGAGGCCUUCACAGGCUGCACCAUGAUGACCAUCGCUCAUCGCCUGAACACGGUCCUUAACUGUGAUAGGAUCAUGGUCAUGGAGGAUGGACAUUUGGUGGAGUUUGACACCCCAGCUGCAUUGAUGUCCAAGACAGACUCCCACUUCAGGGCCAUGUUGACAGCUUCUGGCACUGAUGUCAGUCGAUAUCUGACAGGGAGUGCCCAAACAUCUGCCACCCUGGGAGGAGAGGAGUCAGGGGAGGAGGAGUAUGACACCAAACUGUAGGGAGUUUAAUGGCACAUGUACUGUAGUAGUAGUAGGCAUACUUGCAUCUCUUGGGAAGAAUAUCUAUGAACAAAUGUUUUCCUGAACAAUAGUUUGUCGACAUUUUAAUUAGGAUAUUGCCUUCAAGUUACAUUUGAGCAUCAUAGAUCACAAUGUUUUAGCUUUUGAAAGUACAAAAAA